AUGGAGGAGAAGUUUGAGAUGAGUAGGAUGGGUGAGCUGACGUUCAUUUUUGGUAUUCAAGUUCGUCAACUUGAAGAUGACACCUUCAUCAAUCAAACGAAGUAUACUAGGGAAUUGCUGAAGAAAUUCGGCGUGGAGAACUGCUCAGCUGCCUCAACACCCAUGAAGUCAUGUAGCAAGAUGGAUAAGGAUGAAGAUGGUCAGUCUAACAACAUCACAGCCUACCGAAGAAUCGUCAGAUAUUUGCUAUAUCUACCAGCCAGGCGGCCUGACAUCUUGUUUGCUAUCGGCGUUUGUGGAAAAUUCCAGGCUAAUCCUAAACAAUCUCAUUAUAUUGCUGCUAAGCGUAUUUUAAAAUAUUUAAUGGGAACUAAAAAUGUUGGACUAUGGUAUCUGAAGGAUUCUAGUUUCAACUUAAUUAGUUAUUCUAAUGCAGACUAUGCAAGUUGCAAAAUCAAUUGGAAGAGUACUAGUGAAACUUGUCAGUUCCUUGGUGAUCAUCUUAUAUCUUGGUUUAACAAGAAGUAG